AUGACAUCUAUCUAUAAGUCGACUACACCAACCACUUCGACUUUCCAGAGUUCUAAGUACAACCCGCAAUUGAUCGAGGGUGUCGCCACCGUUCUGAUCAUCGGGUCCGGUGGACUGUCUAUUGGCCAAGCUGGUGAGUUCGAUUACUCCGGGUCGCAAGCCAUCAAGGCAUUGAAGGAGGCUAACAAGAAGACUAUCUUGAUCAAUCCAAACAUUGCUACCAACCAAACAUCCCAUUCGUUGGCGGAUAAGAUAUACUACCUGCCAGUAACACCAGAAUAUAUCACCUACAUCAUUGAAAGGGAAAGACCAGAUGGUAUCCUGCUCACUUUCGGUGGCCAGACGGGUUUGAACUGUGGUGUCGCUUUGGACAGGUCCGGCGUGCUUGCCAAAUACAACGUCAAAGUGCUGGGUACUCCGAUCCAAACUUUGAUCACUUCAGAGGACAGAGACUUGUUUUCUUCCGCUUUGAAAGAGAUCAACAUACCAAUUGCGGAAUCCAUUGCUUGUGAAACUAUCGACGCUGCGUUGGACGCUGCUGAGACUGUCAAGUAUCCUGUAAUUGUCAGAUCCGCAUACGCUCUCGGUGGGCUGGGUUCUGGGUUUGCCAACAACGCUGAAGAGAUGAAGCAAUUGGCCUCCCAGUCGCUGUCUCUUGCACCACAGAUCCUCGUGGAAAAAUCUUUGAAGGGAUGGAAGGAGAUUGAAUACGAAGUCGUUAGAGACAGGGUCGAUAACUGUAUCACCGUCUGUAACAUGGAAAAUUUCGACCCUCUAGGUGUUCACACGGGGGACUCAAUGGUGUUUGCCCCAUCUCAAACUUUGUCAGACGAGGAGUACCACAUGUUGAGAUCAGCCGCCAUCAAAAUUAUCAGACACUUGGGUGUCGUCGGUGAAUGUAACGUUCAGUACUCGCUUCAGCCAGACGGACUAGACUACAGAGUCAUCGAGGUCAAUGCCCGUCUGUCUCGUUCCUCUGCGUUGGCCUCCAAGGCCACGGGAUACCCAUUGGCGUACACUGCCGCAAAGCUAGCCUUAGGAUACACUCUACCAGAACUACCAAACCCAAUCACAAAGACCGCCGUGGCAAACUUCGAACCCUCCUUGGAUUACAUCGUUGCUAAGGUACCCAAAUGGGAUCUAUCCAAGUUCCAGCACGUCAACAGGUCCAUCGGGUCUUCUAUGAAAUCCGUCGGUGAAGUCAUGGCUAUUGGUAGAAACUACGAGGAGGCAUUCCAGAAGGCUUUGAGACAAAUCGACCCAACGAUCUUGGGGUUCCAAGGCUCUGACGAGUUUGGUGACAACUUGGACGAAGCACUUGCUGAACCUACUGACAGAAGAGUUUUCGCAAUCGGCCAAGCAUUGAUGCAUGAAAACUACACGGUCGACAGAGUUCACGAAUUGACCAAAGUGGACAGAUGGUUCCUGUUCAAAUGUAUGAACAUUGUCAACAUGUAUAAGGAACUGGAAAAACUAACCGAGUUGAAACAGUUGAGUAAGGACCUACUACAAAGAGCCAAGAAAGUCGGGUUCUCUGAUAAGCAGAUCGCCGUAUCCAUUGAUUCUGCUAAGAUCAACGAAUUUGAUGUGCGGAAAGUCAGAAAAUCCUUCGGUAUCGUGCCAUUUGUUAAAAGAAUCGAUACUUUGGCUGCAGAAUUUCCAGCGUCUACAAACUACCUGUACACAACGUACAACGCUACUAAGAACGACGUCCAGUUUGAUGAACAUGGUAUGCUGGUCUUGGGUUCCGGUGUCUAUCGUAUUGGCUCUUCUGUCGAAUUCGACUGGUGCGCUGUCAACACAGCCCAAACCUUGAGAAAGGAGGGUAAGAAAACUAUCAUGAUCAAUUACAACCCAGAGACCGUUUCUACAGAUUUCGAUGAAGUGGACAGAUUGUAUUUCGAAGAACUAUCGUACGAGAGAGUCAUGGAUAUCUACGAACUUGAAAACGCGGAAGGUUGUAUUAUCUCUGUGGGUGGCCAACUACCUCAAAAUAUUGCGUUGCCUCUACUUGAAAACGGCUGUAACAUUUUGGGUACCAGUCCAGUCGAUAUCGAUAGAGCCGAAAACAGACAUAAAUUCUCCACCAUUUUGGAUUCCAUCGAUAUCAGUCAACCAGAAUGGAGUGAAUUGACUUCCGUUCAAGAAGCCAAAAAAUUCGCCGCGAAGGUCGAUUAUCCUGUUUUGAUCAGACCAUCAUAUGUGUUGUCUGGUGCUGCUAUGAGUGUUGUAACAAACGAAAGUGAGUUGGAAACCAAACUUACUUUAGCCUCCGAUGUGUCUCCAGAUCACCCAGUUGUCAUGUCGAAGUUCAUUCUAGGUGCCCAAGAAAUUGAUGUAGAUGCCGUGGCCUAUAACGGUAAGGUUCUAGUCCACGCCAUCUCUGAACAUAUUGAAAACGCUGGUGUUCAUUCUGGUGAUGCCUCACUAGUGUUACCUCCACAACAUUUAUCUGAUGCCGUCAAAAAGAACCUGAAGGAUAUUGCCGACAGAGUUGCCGAGGCAUGGAAGAUUACAGGUCCAUUCAACAUGCAAAUAAUCAAGGACGGUGACAAGCCAUUGAAAGUCAUCGAAUGUAACAUCAGAGCUUCUAGAUCGUUUCCAUUUGUUUCUAAGGUACUUGGUGUUAAUUUCAUCGAGAUUGCAGUAAAAGCAUUCCUUGGUGGUGACCGAGUCCCUGAACCAGUGGAUUUGAUCAUGGGCAAAAAGUACAACUACGUUGCCACAAAGAUCCCACAAUUCUCUUUCACAAGAUUGGCUGGUGCUGACCCAUUUUUGGGUGUUGAAAUGGCCUCUACCGGUGAAGUUGCUUCUUUCGGUAGGGACGAAGUCGAAAGUUACUGGACUGCUAUCCAAAGCACCAUGAACUUCGAGGUCCCCCUACCACCAUCAGGUAUUCUUUUUGGCGGUGAUUUGACGAAGGAUAAAUUAGGCAAAGUAGCCAACAUUAUUUCCCCACUAGGCUACAAGCUUUAUGUCACCAGCGAGGAAGCUAAACGGUACCUAGAAAAACAUAUAGCCGAGAAGGCCGAAAUUCAAAUUAUUGAAUUUCCAAAGAACGAUAAGAGAAAGCUUCGUGAACUAUUCCAAAAGUAUGACAUCAAAGCAGUUUUCAACUUAGCUUCUAAAAGGGCCGAAAGCACUCAAGAUGAAGAUUACAUAGCUAGAAGAAAUGCUAUCGACUUUGCCAUCCCUCUGUUCAAUGAACCAAACACCUCUUUGAGAUUCGCCGAGGCAUUGAAGGCCAAAAUCCCCGAAAAAGUCAGAAUUUUGAACUCAAAGGAGACUAUUAUUCCACCUGAGGUUCAAACUUGGGAAGACUUCCUUGGUUUCAAAGCUGAUUAA